AUGUCUAACACGAGAUUACCGGACCGGCUGGGCCCCAAGAGGCUGAAGAUUGCCAUUGCUUGUGAUAGCUGUCGAACAAGCAAGAAAAAGUGCGAUGGCGCACGCCCAGCGUGCAACCAGUGCCAGAGGAAACGCACCCCUUGUUCCUACCGGAACGACUCAGUCGGGGUUGAUGUGGCCGCCCAUGCCCACGAGCCCAAUGCCACGGUUACUGCGAGUUCAGCGAUCCGCCAUGUGCCGCCUGUCAAUAAACACUUACACGCAGCUCUGCCGGGCCAAGCUUUGCUUCCCGAUGCCGAGCCGCCGGACCCUGACGGGACCCAGUCCACCGAUCCCCCGCCCGGAGCUGUCCACGGCGUUUUUGCCGUCGAAGUCAAGGCAGCCCUCGAUGCAAAAAUGGGCAUUCCCCCCGCCGGCAGAAAGACCAUCAGUUUGACCCCGAUGAAAGACGCCCCGUUGUUUGACUUGCGACUCGGCCGCGAACCGGGCGACGACACUGUCGAAAGCAGCAGUGUGCUGCCCCAACGGAGACAUGCCGAUCAUUUAAUGGAUCUGUUUUGGCAGCAUAUUCAGCCCAUUGAACCCAUCCUCGAACAGGCCCUCUUCAGUCGCUCUUAUGACGCACUGUUUGCCGGUCGCCCGCUGCCCGGCGGCGCCGACGAGCGCCUCUUUUUAAGCACUCUCAACGUCGUCUUCGCCCUAGCCACCCAACUCCGGGAAGGCCUGCCCGCCGACGAGAGGAAUAUGGCCGCCAACACCUACUUCCGCCGCGCCCAGGCCAUGCUUCGUGUCGAGGCUGCUUUGUGGGAGCCCGGCUCCCUCGAGGUUGUCCAGUGCCUGCUUCUCAUGGCCCGUUACCUGCAGUGCUCCAGUCACCUGCACCAAACGUGGAUGACCGUGGGAAUUGCCGUCCGCAUCGCUCAGAGCAUCGGCCUCGAUAGGCCCAACUCGCCCCCGACCGAUUGCCUAAGUAGAGUGCCACGUCAUUUCAGAGAGCAGUUGUGGCAAUGCUGUGUCUAUGUCGACAGGAUGGUUUCUUGGAUGAUGGGCCGGGCGCCGAUGGUGUUGCUGCACGGUCUGCCGCAUCGCGCCGCCAAGGUAGACAAUAAUACCCAGGGAAGCGAUCAGACUGCUGCCUACCUCACCAAAACCAUGGAACUAUACGAAAUCUCCAAUCACAUUUCCUUCUCCCAUCUUCCCCUUCGCAGCAGCAUUCCGGAUCACCUUGGCCUCCCGCCCUUGUACCGUAUUGAGGACCACUUCAGCAAUGUAUCGAGAUACGAUGCCUGUCUGGACAGAUGGGCCGACGCCUUACCCCAGUCUCUACGAUACAGCCAUAUCGAUCGCCGUGCCCAUCCCAACUCUUAUAAACAGGCGCUAAUUCUUCAUCUACGCUUUCUCCACGGCCGUGUCACCCUCUUACGGCCCAUGCUAGCCCGCCACUGCCUCUCGCGCAUCCCGUCCGCCCCAAGUGACAGCACUGCCGAUAGGAGUGGAAGUCUGAGUCCACACAUCGUACAGGACUGCGCUGCCCUCUGCGUGGAGAACGCACAAAAGGUGAUCGCGCUUAUCGUAAAUGAAUGCUCUGCCACGGGAUACCCCGACGCCCCUGUUGGGGGGCCAGCAGGCAACGUCGGCUCCGGCCCCAGUGGUGCAAUUCCCUGGUGGUACCGCGUUUUCUAUCUGCACGUCGCCGGCAUCGUACUCAUGGCUGCCACCUUGCAGCCCAACCUCUGCACGCCGACCGUGUCUGAAUCGUGGGCCCGCGCCAUGGCCGCUUUGCGCGCCCACGAACACCUGAGCCCGUUUGUGUCACAAUGCCUGGCGACCUUCGAAACGUUGUCGGCGGGCAUGAGCACCCAGCAAGAGCCUCCCCAAUGUGUUCCUCCAGUGGCAGAGGAGGGAACACCUGGGAAUUUGGAUAGCGCCUCGGUGCCGCCACUUCACGAUGUAUUGUUUCAAGAUAUAGCGUUUGAAACCGAAGCCAUGUUUUUUGGUAUGGAGGACAACUCUUGGAGCAACCCCAAAAUCUUCAUUCCUCAGCAACAAACCUCCGGGGCCGGCUUACACCCCACAAAGAAAUUGCCCGAGGGUGGCCUCCCUGAAUUGUCCGACAGGGAGGAUCGGUCAUAUUUCCGGGGUUCGAUGCGGCUGCAGUAUCGGCACUAUCGGCAGCGGCGGCACGGCACGUUUUCAUGCACCGCCGAUCACGAACUAUCCGGGGGAAAGACGCCCGGGAGCUCACUCUUGAGAGUUGAGAAGGAACUGUUUUGGGACGGCGGCCACUCUUUCAGAGUUAUUCCAUUCCUCAUCUCAAAGAUCAUGGACGAAUCAGUCUCCACCAAACACUUACUCCUGUUUGGGGAUUACUCGGUGGAGAAGCUCCCAGCCAUCAAAGCUCUAGCUCAGCAUGCAAGGACGACACCCGCCGCCGAAAGAUUCCUUCGCGAAAUUACCGCCGUAAUCCAGCUCGAGUUUAGCAGAGCCGACAGAGCCAUCCAUGGCUGGGACAGGGGGUGCGGCUCUCUGCUCGAAAUGGCAGAGGCCGUGGACAGCCCGGGCGGCAACAACCUCGCCGUUUCUACCGUGCUGUUGUGUGCCGGAAGACUAGGCCAGCUGAUAGUACAUGCCGAUGCAGACCCAACCAUUCUCGGCUCACCUACCAACCCCGUCGACAUCAUCGGUUUCUGUGGCGGUCUACUGCCCGCCGCCGUAGCUCUGGCGGCACACGACACAAGUCAGCUUUUUGCUCUCGGUCGCGAAAUCGUCUCGAUCAGCUUCAGGUUGGCUUGUGAAGUGGCCCAGCGAAAGGGGUUGAUUGAUGCUACGCCAACGAGCUGGGGGAAAACAUACGUCGGUCUCGCAACUGACCAUGUCCAAGAUAUACUCGACAAAUUUCACGAGAGCCAGAACAUCCCGAAAUUUCGCAGGAUUACCAUCGGUGUUGUUGCACAGGGUUGGCUGACGCUAAUCGGGCCGCCGUCGUCGAUGGCCGAGUUGACCUCAUGGUCCCCCGUAAUACAGGCUGCUGCGGGUAUCAAGACAGAUGUGGACGGCCCCAUGCAUAGUUGCUGGUCACCCAAGGUAGACGCAGCCAAAAUUGUAGGGAACUCGACACUCCUUCAGCAACCCCUGAAUCCGGCCAAGGCACGGAUGCUGUCACCCGCUGGCUCGUGUGUAAAGUACGACCACCCAACUCUAGCUUUGCUCCUCGAAGAAAUUGUCGAGGACGUUGCCCACAAGCCGCUUCACAUUACGGAUACAAUCAAGGAGACUGUGGCUGGUUUGCAUGGCGCCGAUCACGUCACGCUCUCCGUUAUGGGCCCAACAAACCACCAAGCUGCCGCCACGCAAGCUCUGAAAGCCUCUGGAAUCAAAUACGAGGUCAAGCAAGCCAGCAAAGAAACAACCGAGGAUGGUGGAACCAACGACCGCGGCGAUUCAGGCCUCGUCGCCAUCGUAGGCAUGGCCGGUAGGUUCCCCGGCAGUGACACCGUCGAAGGAUUUUGGGAGGACCUCCUAGACGGGAAAUGUCACAUCAAAGAGAUCCCCCCUUCCCGCUUCGACAUCUCAGCCUACUACGACCCAACCGCCACGAAGCCCAACUCGACCACCGCCCGCCACGGCACCUUCCUUAACUCCCCCGGCCUCUUCGACCACCGCCUCUUCAACCUCUCCCCGCGCGAAGCCGCCCAAGCCGACCCCGGCCACCGCCUACUUCUCACCACCGCCUACGAAGCCCUCCAAUCCGCCGGCUACCACCCCGGAACCAGCUCUCCCACCGACCCCACCGCCACCACCCCCAACGGCGCGCGCGUCGCCACCUACUUCGGCCAGGCCGCCGACGAGUGGCGCGAGGUGCUCAACCAGCGCGGCGCCGACAUCUACUACGUGCCCGGCUUCAGCCGCGCCUUCGCGCCCUCCCGCAUCAGCCACCACUUCGGCUUCGGCGGCGGCUCCUACGCUCUCGACUCGGCCUGCGCCACCAGCGCCACCGCCGUCGCCAUGGCCGCCGCCGCGCUGGUCGCCAGGGAGUGUGACAUGGCCCUGGCGGGCGGGGUCAGCGUGCUGUCGUCGCCGACGACGUACGCGGGUCUGAGCAGGGCGGGCAUGUUGAGUGCCACGGGCGGGUGUCGUGCGUUUCAUGAUGACGCCGAUGGCUAUGUGCGCGGCGAGGCGGCGGGGGUGGUGGUGUUGAAGCGGUUGGAGGACGCGGUGCAAGGGAAUGAUCGCGUGUUGGCUGUGGUGAGGGGCGCGGUCAGGGCGUAUGGCGUCGGGGCCGCGUCCAUGACGAGGCCGUUUGCGCCCGCGCAGGAGGUCGCGUAUGGGAGGGUGCUGAGGAUGGCGGGCAUGGAGGCCGAGGAGCUGGCGUUUGUCGAGAUGCAUGGCACGGGCACGCAGGCCGGGGAUGUGGAGGAGAUGAAGUCGGUUAUUGGGGGGUUGGUGGGGAAGAGGGGGAGGGAUAACCCGUUGACUGUGGGCGCUGUGAAGGCCGCGGUUGGGCAUGGCGAGGGGAUCCCUCCGCAGCCCGGCUGGCCGUUCAAACUGAACCACAAGUUCCCCGACCUGGCGAAGGCUAACAUUAGGAUCCCGACCAAGCCCACCGCGCUUGUCCCGAGUCCGAAGAGUGGUGGGAAGGUCAAGCUUGUUGUUAACAGCUUCGAUGCUUCGGGCGGCAAUGUCUCGAUCGCCCUCGAAGAAGCACCCAAGCAGCCCCUCAAAACAGCCGACAGCCGGGUCUGGCAUGUUGUGGCCGUGUCUGCCCGGACGCCCGCCUCGCUCCACCAGAACUGUGAAAGGCUGCUCGACUUCCUCGAGCGCCACCCGGAGACGAAGCUUGCAGAUCUCGCCUACACGACGACCGCCAGGCGGAUGCACGAGCCACUGCGGCGUGCCUACGUUGGGGACACCGUCUCCGCCAUCGUCCGCCAGCUCCGCAGCGAUGUGAACAAGCCUGCUGAUGCGUCGCAAAUCAAGAAACCGCGCCUGCCCGGUCGGGUGUUUGCCUUCACCGGCCAGGGCUCCCAGUAUACCGGCAUGGGCGCUACUUUGUUCCGCACUUCGAGGCAGUUCCAAGCUACCCUUCUGUCUUACCAAGACAUGGCCAGCUCCGUGGGACUGCCGCGCUUUGUUGACUUGAUCUCUGGUGAAGAAGACGUUGCUGGUCAGUCGACGGUCAAGAUCCAGCUAGCCAUCGUCGCCUUGGAGAUUGCCAUGGCUAGGCUGAUGGAAUCCUGGGGCAUCACACCUAAUGCGGUCAUCGGCCACAGCCUAGGCGAGUACGCGGCUCUCUGCGUCGCGGGAGUUUUAUCCAUCAGCGACACCCUCCUACUCGUCGGCAAGCGGGCAGCGCUUAUGGAGAAGCACCUGGUUGCCGACUCGUAUGCCAUGCUUGCUGUUAGCACAACCGAGGAGGCGCUGGCUGAGUCUAUCGACAAGCUUGGGUUGGGUUUCUGCGCGGUUGCGUGCGCCAAUGCGCCGUCUCUGACCGUGGCUAGUGGCACCGUUGCCGAUAUUGAUGCGCUGAAGAGUGCUUUGGAAGCGGACGGCCAGCGGGCGACUCUGUUGCGGGUGCCUUAUGGCUUUCACUCAAGUCAAGUUGAGCCUGUGCUUGACGAAUAUCUGCAGGUUGCCCGAGGGGUGCCUUUUGCCGAGCCCAACAUUCCCGUCGUGUCUACCCUUACCGGCCGAGUUGAGCGCGAGGCUGCGUCCUUCUCCCCUGAGUAUCUCGUACGGCAGGCACGAGAGAAGGUCAACUUUACCGGAGCCAUUGAAGCCGGUGUUGAGGCUGGUCUCUUCAACGAUCAAUCGUUGUGGUUGGAAAUGGGACCUGAUCCUGUUUGCCUUGGGCUCAUCCGUCGCUGCCUCGAUAAGCCGUCCAGCUUGGUGCCGUCUGUGAAGCAGGGCAAGGAUAACUGGGCUACGAUCUCAGACCUUCUUAAACGGGCCUACGAGUCUGGCAUCGACGUCGACUGGCCUGAGUUCCACAAACCUUUCACGGGUUCGCUCACGCUUAUCGACCUACCAACAUACGCGUUCGACUCGAGGGAUUUCUGGACACCGUACAUGACGCAAGUCCCUUCUGCAGUAACAGCUAUCGUAAACAGCACUCCCGGUUUCCCGACAACUACCCUCCAACGCGUCGAGAGUGAGAAGACUGAGGGCACUGCCAAGAUUGUAACUUUCACCUCGACUCUCUCUGACGAACGUCUGCUCGAGGCUAUCAGGGGCCACGUGGUGGGUGGAUUUGAGGUCUGUCCCCUGGCUAUCUACCAAGACAUUGCUCUCACCGCGGGGAAAUAUCUCUUCCACCACACAUACGGUAACGCUUCCACGUUGCCAGCUAUGUCCAUCAGGCAGGUGGAACUGGGCCAAGGGCUAAUAAUCGAUCCCGAAACGGUUUCAAGCACCGUACUGUACGUGACGGGGUCUUAUAAGAUUGCCGAUUUGGCCGUCGAUAUCGAGUUUAGUUCCAAGCGCGCUGGCCAGCUGACGCAGCACGGCAAGUGUCAAGUCGCGUUUGACACGACGGCUCUAUGGCAAACAACACUUCCACAAACACUCUACCUCGUCAAAUCAAGGCUUGACUUGCUCCGGAAGCAAGCUGAAUUUGGCAAUGGGCGCCACCUUCUCAAACGAGAGGCCUACGAACUCUUUUCGGGCGUGGUAUCCUAUGCAGCUCCGUACCAGGCUAUUCAGGAUGUCAUCCUAGGAGCCGACUACGCGGAUGCCGUCGGCACAGUCAAACUGGCCGAUGUGUCUGCCCGCGGAACCUUCCACUUUAGCCCCUACUGGCUUGACGCCGUCACCCACCUCGCGGGGUUUGUGCUCAACUGCGGCCUUCGGUAUCCCGAGGACAUAGCUUGUCUCGCCGUUGGGUUCGACGCCUGGCAUUCCCUGAGGGAGCUUCGGGCCGGGGAGACGUACACGGUCUAUACCUGCCUCCAGGAUGUUGCAGAUGAGGGGCAUAUGGUGCGUGGUGACUGUUAUGUCUUUGCCGGCGCCGACCUGGUGCAGGCCACGCUCGGCAUAAAGUUCCUACGUCUGAAGAAGGUCGCCUUGAACAUGAUCCUCGGUGGUGGCCGGGCGAGCGUGGUGGGCCGCAGUGAGAUGCCGCAGACCAGGUCUUCCACUACCGACACGGGCAUUUCCCCUAAAGUAGCGUUACCGGCGAAACCUACAGGGUCCGGUAACACCCCCAACGAGAUGAUUAAAACCCUACUGGCCAUCAUAAUCAGCGAGAGCGGCUGCAAUCCCGACGAAGUCAGCGACGAGAGCCACUACUCCGACCUUGCGAGCCUAGCGCCAAACUACGAUGCAGGCGGAUCAGUCGAACAGAAGCGGAGCGCGAGUCGGGACUCGAGCCUCACAAAACCGCACUCCUUAGUCACGAUGUUCCGAGCACGUCCCACUACGACACAGCGAGGACCCUGCAACUCCGUCGCAUCGACCGCCCCAGAACCAGCCGACGACGGCGACAGCGCGAACACACCGCCCACCCCCGAUCUAACCAAAGCCAGCCUCCUCCUCCCCACCAACACCACCGCCGCCGCCGCCGACAAAGAACAAGACCCCCCCCGCCUCCCCACCAUAACCGCACAAACAACCCACUACCAAGGCCCGCGCACCCCGACCACACCCAACCUGUUCUUCCUCCCCGACGACACGGGCUCCUCCUUCGCGUACAUCGCCCUCCCGCCGCUAGGCACCGACCUAGGCGUGUAUGGCGUCGAUGUACCCCAUCUCCCUCAUCUCCACCACCCCAACACGGAGACGGACACGGACAUGGAACCUGAACCCGAACUACUUCUCGCGGCGGCGGCCGCCGCAGCCACGGCUGCGAUACGCGCCGAGCAGCCCGCGGGGCCGUACAUGCUGGCGGGCGCGGGGGCGAUGGGCGCGAGGUUGGCGUAUGAAGUGGCGCGGGGGCUGUUGGUGGGGGCCGGGGAGGCGGUGGAUGUGUUGGUGUUGAUGGAUUGUGGUGGUGGUGAAGACGAGGAUGGGAAGGGGUUGGGGUUAGUGCCGUUGCCGGUGGAGGCGGCGGGCCGGAUCAAGGUUGCGGUGCAGGUGCUUGCGCGUGGGGAAGGUGUUGGUGCUGCUGACGAGGGGGCUGCUGGUGGUGGUUGGGGCAAGUUUGUUCCAGGGUUGGAGGUGUGUCGGGCGGAGGUGGAGAGUGGGAUGUUUUUGGACUUUUCGAUGACUGUUGGCCAGAUAUGUAAGGGCAUUGUGGAGGGGGCAAUGGCGUGA